CACGCUUAUAAAAGGAGGGGUGGAGAUCUCCCUGCAGAGCUGUUCUGUGCGGACCUGGUCCUCCGCGGAGCAUCGCUGUGUCUCAUCAGCCAAGGUCUGUUUCCCACCAGCACAGCCAUGCUGGGCACGGCAGUGCAGCUCUCAGUCCUGCUCGGUCUCCUCAGCUUGGGGAAUGCACAGAUGUUCCACAUGGGACCAUGCCCAGAUCCACCAGUGCAGCAGAACUUCGAUAUCAACAAGUAUUUGGGAAAAUGGUACGAGAUAGAAAAGCUGCCCUCAAAUUUCGAGAAAGGAAGCUGUGUCCAGGCAAACUAUUCGCUGAAGGAGAACGGGAAGUUUAAAGUGAUCAACAAGGAGAUGCUUUCCAGUGGCAAAAUAAAUGAAAUCGAAGGAGAAAUUAUGCACACAGAUGUGAAGGAGCCGGCCAAGCUGGGCGUCCGCUUCAACUGGUUUAUGCCUUCUGCCCCAUACUGGGUCAUCUCUACUGACUACGAGAACUACUCGCUGGUAUACUCCUGCACCAACAUCCUCUGGCUUUUCCACUUUGACUACGCCUGGAUUAUGUCCCGAGCUCCUGACAUGCACCCAGACACUGUAGAGCACCUGAAGAGCAUGCUCCAGUCCUACAAGAUCGACACCGACAAGAUGAUGCCCACGGAUCAGCUCAACUGCCCCGCUGAGAUGUAACCGCUGCCGUGCACAGCAGGCCAGCUCUGAACUGGGUCGCUUCCCUUAUUAGCCGGUAGUGUUUCUGUGUAAGAGAGCAAAGCAAUGAUCCCUUCGCUCACAGUAGUCUGCCAGCCCCGGGCACUGUGUGCAAUUCCCGCUGUCGCUGUUCCUCCCAGUCCAUCUCACCCCACCUGACUUCUGCAGUGUGGCUGACUGCAAGCUGAUGGGGAAAGACAACCAGCCCUGAUGUGCAGGCAUGGGGCUCUGCUGCUGCCACGGGUCCCACAGCACGCGGAUACAAAAAGCUGUGAGAUGCAGGGGAGACUCAUCAUGAACCCAGUUUUGGCUCUGAUGCUUCUAGGCCUGCUGGGAACACAGGGGACAGUGCUGCAGCUGGGGCCAGCCAUUCUGAGUGUGCUUUCUCUGCAGGUUGCUGCCACAUCUGAUCUCCACCCUAGAAUUCAGAUUUGGACUUUUGUAUUUAAAACAUGAGAAGUCUCCAAACGCCCAGAACCUCACCACAGCUCCUUCCCACGGUCUGCAUGUGCCCCCAGCUGCCUCUGCGAGGCCUUGCAGAGCCCCGGGGCCAGCACCUCGUGUUCUGACAGCCCAUAGUAGGUCCUGCCUGGGGUGUGCCUUGCCCUGCUUCCACAGCCUGCCCUGCUCAGCACCUCACUCCUGCUGCAGCUCUGCUCGCAUAGCACCGAAGCAACUCAUUAAAUACAAAACCAAGCACCUG